UGAACUGCAGCUGUCGUCCCAUGCCUCAAGCUGCUGCUUUAGAACUGCGCCCCCUAGCGAGAUACAGCAUGGCUGCAUCGCAUUGAGGAUAAAAGCUCCAUCAUCCUCCUGCGAGACGAGCAUCGUUUUGGUGGAGCCAGGGCAUUCUCCCAGCCCACGAUAUACACUCAUGACUACCGACUAGGGUCGCUCAGUAACCCACAAUCAAAGGGAUAUAAGGACAGUAUUAUGGCGAAACACCGUCCAGAAAGAGACAGCUGGGGUGAGUGGUCCCUCAGUGAUAAAAAUGUCUAUGAUUGGAGCUCGGAGGAGGAGGAGCCAGACGGACGAGCUCGGCCCAUCCAAGUGCUGCUGGUCAAAGAUGACCACACCUUUGAGCUGGAUGAGACGGCGCUGAGCCGCAUCCUGCUGUCUGAGGAGGUCAGAGAUCGUGAGGUGGUGGCCAUCUCCGUGGCCGGGGCUUUCCGGAAGGGCAAGUCUUUCCUCAUGGACUUUAUGCUGCGUUACAUGUACAACCAUGCGUCUGAAAACUGGCUCGGCAAUCCAGAAGAACCUCUGACUGGCUUCUCCUGGAGGGGCGGCUCAGAGAGGGAGACCACCGGGAUCCAGAUCUGGAGCGAGGUCUUUCUGGUGGACAAACCAGACGGAAGAAAGGUCGCUGUGCUGCUAAUGGACACGCAAGGCACAUUUGACAGCCAGUCGACGCUGAGGGAUUCAGCCACUGUGUUCGCCUUGAGCACCAUGAUAAGCUCCAUGCAGGUUUACAACAUCUCACAGAAUGUGCAAGAGGACGACCUUCAGCACCUGCAGCUUUUCACUGAGUAUGGAAGACUAGCUAUGGAGGAGACUUUCCUGAAACCAUUCCAGUCCAUGAUUUUCCUGGUUCGAGACUGGAGUUUUCCAUAUGAGUUUCCCUAUGGACAGGAAGGCGGCAUGAAAUUCCUCGAGAAGAGACUUAAGAUCUCAGAGAACCAGCAUGAAGAGCUGCAGAAUGUGCGGAAACACAUCCACUCCUGCUUCACCAACAUCUCCUGCUUCCUGAUGCCUCACCCUGGCCUCAAAGUGGCCACCAAUCCACACUUUGAUGGGAGAAUCAAAGAGAUUGAUGGUGAGUUUAUAAACAACCUGACGGUCUUGGUCCCCUGGCUCCUCAGUCCUCGCAACAUCGAUGUGAAGGAGAUCAACGGCAGCAAAAUCACGUGCAGAGGCCUGCUGGAGUAUUUCAAGGCUUACAUCAAAAUUUACCAAGGCGAGGAGCUGCCACAUCCAAAGUCAAUGCUACAGGCCACAGCUGAGGCAAAUAAUUUAGCAGCUGUUGCAGCUGCAAAAGAUCUGUACAACAAGAAAAUGGAGGAGGUCUGUGGAGGUGAUCGGCCUUUCCUCGCCCCCAGUGAGCUGCAAGCCCGACAUGGCGUCAUCAGAGAGGAGGCGCUGCAGGUGUUUAAGGGUGUAAAGAAGAUGGGAGGUGAAGAGUUCAGCCGCCGCUACCUGCAGCAGCUGGAGGGAGAGAUCGACGAGGUGUUCGUCCAGUACAUCAAACACAAUGACUCCAAGAACAUUUUCCACGCAGCCCGCACGCCGGCCACACUGUUCGUGGUCAUCUUUGUCAUGUACGUAGCCGCGGGUAUCACAGGCUUUGUGGGCGUGGACAUCAUUGCCAGCUUGUGCAACAUGAUCCUCGGCCUGGCACUGAUCACUCUGUGCACCUGGGCUUACAUCCGGUACUCUGGGGAAUACCGAGAACUCGGUGCCGUCAUUGACCAGGUUGCUGGUGCGCUGUGGGACCAGGGGAGCACAAACGAGGCUCUCUACAAGCUGUAUAAUGUAGCAGCCAAUCAUAGGCACCUGUAUCACCACGCCUUCCCCGGGCAUCAGGUGGAGGAGGUGGCUGAGGAGCAGGACAAGAAGAGGGACUGAUUAGUUCAAAGACAGAACAUGUCAGAGAUUUCCUCGUAAUGGACCGAGGGAGGAAGCGGAGGAGGAGGAAGGCAGAUGAAUGCCCUCACCCAUCAGGCACUCUUUAACUCUGGUACUGGCUGCCGCAGCAAGCCACUACUGGUCGUUCACUUCUUUAACCCUUAUAACGGACUGUUUAAUGUUCAUGCAUAUGCCGAGAGCAUCUCCUCAGUGGGUGGCUGCUUCUAAGCAUUGGAUGCAAUGUGUCAUGGUCUUUCACCUUUAGUUCGUGAAGCAAACACACCUGUACAAAUACCGCGGGCACUCUGCUGGAGGAGACUGCUGUUUAUUUCUCAUCGAGUGUUUAUUUUUUAUUUUUUUCUCCAUCAUUCGUCACUGACAAUGAUUUUUAAAGUAUAUUCAAAUCUGUGAAACCCCCGUUUGUGACAAUUGUUCUGUUCUUUGAAGUUUUAGUGUUGUUUAUAAGGAACAAUAUCUAUGACCUGCAAUGUUUGAAAGACAAAAUAUGUACUGUAUAUUAAAUAAUGAGGCGUUACAAACAUCAUCAGCAUGGUAAGUGGUUAAUGUCUGUCAUCUUUAAGCUCUAAAAGCAGGUAUACUUUAUAAAAAAAUAGCUGAAUGGUUGUGACUAACUGGUAUUGUGCCAUAACAUGUAAAAAAAAGAGAAAAAAAAAAAAA